CCGGUCCAAAGUGUAUUGUGUGGAAGUCGUGGAAGGUUCGAGCGAUAAUCUGGAAAGUUCAUUACGGUUCGCGGGUACAUUUUGCUAGUGAUUGUGGAAUUUGAAUUGAUUAACAGUGAAAAUUGUAGCCCAACAGUGAAUCAUAAACAACUAAAUUAUUUAUCAAAAGUGACAAGUGUGACAAGUAAAAAUGUUGAACUGUACAGAUUUGAUGCAGUUUGAUCAAUACAGUUUACAGCUGUAUAAUUAUGCCAUGGUCGAACGAUUCCGAACGAAUCAAUUUUUCAACUAUGGAAAUAUUGUAGCAGAUCCACGGACUCUUUCGAGGUUCUUCAAACCGUCGGUAUAUGUGAACAAUCCUACGGAAAUGGGACCUAGUGCCCUGUUAGCGGAUGCUGCAAAACUGUCAUCUGCACCUAAACCACAAUAUAGUUACAUUGGACUGAUUGCGAUCGCUAUUUUGACGUCGCCGGAGAAAAAACUAGUGCUUUCGGAUAUCUAUCAACACAUACUAGAUAAUUAUAGUUAUUUCCGAACUCGUGGACCAGGCUGGAGAAAUUCAAUCCGGCAUAACCUAUCGCUGAAUGACUGUUUUAUCAAAGCCGGACGCUCGGCACACGGGAAAGGACAUUAUUGGGCUGUUCAUCCUGCUAACGUUGAAGACUUCAUGAAAGGUGACUUCCGGCGGAGGAAAGCUCAGCGGAAAGUGCGUCGUCACAUGGGUCUAUCCACUGACGACGAUAUUUUUGACAACAGCUCUCCAAGGCAGUUCUUUCCGGCUCUCCCGUCAUCUCCCGUGAUGAACCCAGCAGUCUAUAUACCCACGGCAACGGAACCCCUGUCACAUGUAGCGGUCGCCGCAGCUGCCGUAUGUGCGUACCCAACAACCAUGGAACAGCAACAGGCCAUCAUAAAGGGAGCCAUGGAGAGCUUUUCCCGGAAGAGACAAUUCGACGUGGAGUCCCUGUUGAAACCGGACGACGCCAAUUCAUCAUCCAGCUCGCAAACAAUCCAAGAAACGUCCCUGGAAAAGCGAAUCAGAAUAGGAUCUCCGACGGAACAGAAUACUUCCUCGAUAUCACUUCCACCUCUUGCCCAUCACCAUCAUCAUCAUCCGUUGCAGCAUCCCCAGCCACAUCCACAUGCGCUUGCUGCUUUUGGAAAUUUAGCUGCUGCAGCCGCCGCAGCCGCGAAUCUACCCAAAGUACUGCCAAAGCCGAUAUAGAUGAGUAGAACCUAGUAGUUAUUCUUAGUUGAUUAGUUUUAAUUUCAUAAUGAAGCACGAUGUUGUAAUUUAAAUGAAUGUCAAAACUUAAGGCCAGUGUUAAGGCCUUACAAAGGCGCCAACGUUCAUCAUUAAAUGGCAAAUGAGGAGAAAUAACAAAACAUGAAUGUAUCUUGGAAAUAAGUCCACAGAAGCUGUCUAUAAACGAUGUAACUAACAAACUUUUGGAUAAUAUUGCUUAUGGAAAAAUAAAACUCCUAGUAUUCAUUCAUCGUCGUUGUUCCCAUGUGAUUAAUGACCUUUCGGUAGGUGAAAAAGUGAAUGACAGUUAAUGUUUUCAACUUUUAUUCAUUCAAGACUAAAAAAAUGGAGAAGAGACAUUUAUAAAAAAAAAAAAGAAAUGGAAUGUAUAAUAAUUUAUUCAUAGUCAGGGCUCUUUUUUCAGUUUCUAUAUCAUUGUGAAGUAUUUUUCGAUUCAAUGUCAAGUAAUCAACAUUUGUCGUUAGUUUUUGUUGCUUUCGUAGCUACAAUUUCUCAUUUUUCGAGCACUAUUUGGUAAAACUACCAUAAAAAAAGUUGAAAAAAGGGAUAUUCGACCGAUUUUAAGCAGUGCAUACUAGAAAAUUUCCAAAAGGUUCAUCCCUAUCACAGUAAAAACUCUUAUUUUAAGUGUAAAUAAAUCAACAAUCAAAAUUCGAAAAUUUCAGUGCUUUUUUUUAACUAAUAACUCCGAAAAUAAAAUUAAUAAUUAAUAAUAUGUUCUCUGAGGUGACGCACAAUGGUCCAAAAACCAGAAAGACAGGCAAAAAUCGAAUUUUUGGUGCGAUUUAUUGUGCAUUCAAUUAUUGCAGCGUGUUCCGGCCAAGGUUGCCGCAAUCACAGAAAAACCUAUAAAUUCACAAGAAUUUUCAUCACAGAAUUUGUGUGACAAAACACAU